GAAGGAGAACCAUAAACUCACGAAUAACGGUGAAGGAGGCGCAGACGGCGAUAACGGGCGUGCGAGCGGGCGGGUCGUGGUGGCCGUCCGGCUGCGCCCCGCGACGGAGGAUGGCCGUCGUCGUGGCCUUCAGGAACAGGGAGGCCAUGCUGGGUCCCUUCCUGUACCGCAUGCACCCUUUCCUCCAACAACAGUUCCUCAAUUACACGAUCUACUUGGUGGAACAAACACCGGAGGAGAACUUCAACCAGGCCAAGAUGUACAACGUGGGGUUCGUGAGGGCGCGUGCCGAGGGCCCCUGGGACUGCUACGUGUUUCAUGACGUGGACUGCCUGCCCGAGAACGACCAGAACCUCUACUUCUGCACAGACCAGCCGCGGCACCUCGGGAUCUCGCGUUCGAAAACUGGCUAUCGAUACAACACCAAGUACCUGGGCUGUGCUAAUGCCCUGACUGGGUGGCAGGUGGAGAGAGUUAAUGGCUGGAGUAACAGGUACUUCGGCUGGGGCGGUGAGGACAACGACAUGCUCCGACGUAUCAAAGCCUCAGGAAUGAACGUGGUCCGGAUGAACGAAAAUGUGGCGACGUACACGAUGCUGAAUCACCCCAGGGCAAAGAAGAAUCCAAACAGAAGAAUGUUUCGAAGCGCUCAACGGACGUACAAGCAAGACGGUCUGAACACUCUGAACUACACCCUUGUUCAGCUGGAACGGCGGCCGCUUUACACCUGGCUGUUCGUUCGCGUGUGA